AGAAAUUAGCUCAUUGCGGUGGUUGCUUGCUUUGCUAGCUAAUCAUCUCCAGGAAAUCUGUUUUUCUUUCCCCUCUCUUUUCUUCCAAAGACUGUUCCCAGCAUUUUAGCAACCAUCCUUCAACCUUGGCUCAUGCUCCUUCCCAGAUAUUCUUAUCCAGCUCUACCCCACUGUUCACAGAAGAGAUCGUAUUUGUCCACAGGUAUAAAACGCUGCUUGGCUUUUGCAGCUGAGUUGAGAACCUGAUCCAAGCUUUGACUCCAGUGGGCCUUGCUUGUGAGUGGAGAAUAUGCCAAGGAACUGAAGCUAGAAUCCAGUCCUCCGGUUUUCCCAUGCUGAUCAGUGUAGCAGUUCCAAGUUUACAAUGGCCCAAGUGAAAACAGAGAAGCUUGAGGGCCGAGUUCUGUCAUUUGCAGUCUCUCUUUAAACUUUUGUUAGCUCCCAAAUGUUCCAUUUGCACUAAUGCGGUUUAAGCCUGCCUACUUCAGAUUGGAGAGCAGAGGGCCACCAGCUUCCUGAAUGGUGGUAGAAAGCAACUGCUUUGACCCUGCCCACCUCCUUCCUACAAAGGAGGAGCCACAGUCCCAGAUAUCUGGGAGGGAGUGAAACUAUCACUCAGAGCUUCAAACUUCAGCGAGGCAGUGUGCCAUUCUCUCAGCUUGUGCCGCCAAACGGGUCUGACAGAGUGCAGGAGUCUUGCCAUCCUCCCACAGUUGGAAAUCGGAUCUCGGCAGAAAGAUUUCCCCCCCUAAGCAGUUAAACCUGUCAGAGAGACAGAAGGCAAGUUUGUAACAUUGGAUUUGGGCUGUUGAUUGGAGAAAGCUCUAAAGUGGGCCAGGGGAAAGUAAAGACAGCUUAACAGGAACAAAGUGUUCUUGAGCUGGACUUAUCUCUCUGUCAUGGGCCAGGGAAUGUUUUCCCCAAGCUGGACUUUAUAAUGGGCUCAGGACAACAAUAUGCCUAUUUUGGCUCCUCAAAAUGUGAGAUAGAGGAAGGAGCUCUGGGACUGAGCAUGUGACCACAGCAAGAUAAUGGUGGUGGAGGUACAAGUUGAAUGUUGAAAAGACUGGAACUUUGGCCUUAUACAGAGAGGGGAUAUAAGGAACACUGCAGUCAAGCUUUAACGUGAUCCCAAAAGGCUUCAGGAACUGAGUGUGUCUAGGUAAUUUCAUCCAUAUCUGGGUACUAUAGUCUGCCAGCUUCUGUAUGGUGCUGAGAAUUCAGAUUGAUGGUGAUGGUCUGACACCCAUCAGAGGGGAGAGGACAAGAAGACAGCAUUGGGGCCUGUGCCUGUGAAGGAUGCUGAAGAAAAGCAGCCUGGUUCUCUGGGGCGUGGUGCUUUUUGUGGCCUGGAAUGCCCUGAUCCUCUUCUUCUUGUGGACACGGCCUCAGUCUUUCUCAGACCCCAGCCACCUGACUGAAGAGGUAAUCCGACUGGCCCAGGAUGCUGAGUUGGAACUGGAGCGCCAGAAGGACCUCUUGCGUCAGAUCUACCAUUACAGUACCCUUUGGAACAGGAGGAAGGCUAAUGAAGCCAAAAGGCUCCACCUUUCAGCUGCUGCAGCAUCUGCCAAGCCUUCCACAGCUGCUCCCUUGUCCCAUCGUAGCCAGAUCUCUCCAGAUGCGGUUUUACCUGUGAUAGUAAUUGCCUGUGACCGCAGCACAGUCCGCCGUUGCCUAGACAAGCUGUUACAUUACCGUCCUUCAAAGGAGCGGUUCCCCAUCAUUGUGAGCCAGGACUGUGGACACGAGGAGACGGCCAGGGUUAUCGCCUCCUAUGGAGACGCUAUCAUGCACAUCAAACAGCCCAACCUGAGCGAUAUCCCUGUGCCCACUGACCACCGCAAGUUCCAGGGCUAUUACAAGAUUGCUCGGCACUAUCGCUGGGCUCUGAGCCAGGUCUUCCGGACCUUCAAGUACCAAGCGGCCAUUGUGGUGGAGGAUGACCUAGAAGUAGCACCAGAUUUCUUUGAAUACUUCCAAGCAACCUUUCCACUCCUGCUAGCUGACCCAGGUCUUUGGUGUAUCUCUGCCUGGAACGAUAAUGGUAAGGAACAGAUGGUAGAUGUUGCCCACCCGGAGCUGCUUUACCGUACAGAUUUUUUCCCUGGUCUUGGCUGGCUUCUACUCUCUGACCUAUGGGACGAGCUGGAGCCCAAGUGGCCCAAAGCCUUCUGGGAUGAUUGGAUGCGGCAGCCUGAACAACGGCAGGGCCGUUCAUGCAUCAGGCCCGAGGUAUCCCGCACUAUGACUUUUGGCCGCAAGGGUGUGAGUCACGGUCAAUUCUUUGACCAGUACCUGAAAUUCAUCAAGCUCAAUGACCGCUUCGUGCCUUUCACCCAGAUGGACCUUUCUUACCUCAAGAAGGAGGAGUAUGAGCACUCAUUCCUGGCCCAGGUCUAUGGGACACCUGAGCUGCACGUAGAAGAGCUACAGGGUAACCAGCGCCGGGACUUGGGCACUGUCCGUGUGCAGUACACCACUCGUGACUCUUUCAAGGCCUUUGCAAAAGCCCUGGGCGUCAUGGAUGACCUCAAGUCAGGAGUGCCCCGUGCUGGCUACCAGGGCAUUGUCAGCUUCCUUUAUCGAGGCCGUCGUGUUUACUUAGCGCCUCCUUCAGACUGGACAGGUUACGACCCCAGCUGGAGUUAGCAGCUGUUGAUCCUUAAGCAUGCUGGACCCUACAGGGAAAGGGUGCUGGGGGUGGGGUGGGUGGGUAGGACAAAACUGUAUUUUUUUUCCUGUGUGGCAUUCGAGUGCAUUCCAGGGACGAUGGUUGCUUUGUGCACUUAAAAUAUGGGGAUUGGAGGGGUCUCUUGUGGGGUUUAUUCUGAUGCCCCAACAGAUGGGGUGAGGUGGAGCAUUCUGAGCUUUCCCAGUUCAAUCUCCCCAGUGCCUAUUCUCCUUGAUGUGGUGGUGUGUCCAUUCAGUUGUCUCUUUGGUGGCUUCUCCAAAUGGGUGCAUUUUGAGACCAAAGCAGCACAAACCCACUGAGGUUUUCCCAGGUUUAUUGAGCUAUCACAGGCUCUGGGCUGCUUGUGAAUCAACAUACAGGAUGCAGUUCAUCAGUUCCACUGUGUGGUCUGCUAGGGGUGCAAUAACUCACCUGCUUCUAUAUGUGCUUUCAGGCAAGUGACAAUGGGAGACUUACUGAGCUCCUAAUAGCUCACUGCAUAUAGCUGGUGUACUACAUUCAGCCUGGUGGGUCACAGUUUCUGCAGAUUCAAAGUACAGGGAAGAAACACCAGCUUUUUUUCACCUCUUGGCUUGCCUGUUCUGUUCUCACCUGGCCGAGCCCAGAAAAGUGGAAGGUACUGUAAAUGAGCAGUGGGCCCAUUCAGGUGGACCAUCUUUAUUGACCAUAUUGGCCUUUUUUUAACUUGUGUCUCUUAGAUAACCUCUCUCUUGAGCCCUAGUAGAUGGGACAGUGGAACUAAGAUGCAUGUGCUGAUCCAUGUAACAUGAGAGUCACCCAAGGGAGGCGAUGAGGGAAAGUAAGAGUUUAUGUCUGCUUUUACUGGGACAGAAAGGUAAAGGAGAGGAAGAAGUACACAAAAAUAUUUUGUCUUAUUACAGCUAAAUGGUGAGACCUAGUAAUAAGAUGCUCAGAAAAGUCACUUUUUUGAAUGACAGUUUGCAGAAAUCCUCAGCCCAUGAUGGCAAGGGGUUUGGGGAAUUGUAGUUCAGAAAGUGAUUUUUCUUCUGUAGAGCUUAAAUGAAGUCUUGGAUAGUAGUAGACAUUUUCAUUGGCUCAUCUAGUUAGGAGAGACACAUGAUUCUUGCCUUGCACAUCACCUCCCAGCACUCACCAAACUACUCCCUGUCAGCUGGCCCUUUUUGUAAGCUCCAGAUGAUGGAAUUUGUAGUCCAGCACCACUGGGGGAUACCAGGCUGAGGGAGGCUGAUCUUAAGCUGCAGUUGGACAAUUAUGUCUGGAAGCAUACACACACACACACCACUGGCAUGGAAAUCUCCUUGCAUUUGCAAAACCUGCAUAGUGGUGCAAAGGCUGCUGACUGGUGUAUUUUGAGCCUUGCUUUGCAGUUGGAAAUGGUACUGACUCAGUCAUGGAUGCUUCAGGUGGAGCAGCCUUCUCCAGCUGUAUUAGACUACUGCUCCUAUCCUCUACAGCAAGGAGUUGCAGUUUAACAUAUCUGGAGUUCACCAAGUUGCAGCUGGCUCAUCUGGAGCUUCUCCACAUUAGUUCUGUGUCUGACAGCCCACUGCUGUAUGAUAUUUUGAGAGUAUAGACUAGCUUAUUCAUGGCUUGCUAGAGAUGAUAUGAUCUUUCUUCCCAGGUGAGUACUUCACACACACACCCCUCUCAGGCUGCCUUAAUUCUCCUGGGAGGAGGGCUUUCUCCUUCCUAAAUUAGAUCUUCAGAACAAGCUGCCUCCUCAGUGGCAUUUCCCAGAGCAUGGAAAAUUUAAAAUUUUUAAUCACAAGUCCAAGAAUCUCCUAGCCAGUCAGCCUGGCCAUGGGAGAUUGUAGUCCCAAAAAAUUUUUUUUCUAGAUGUAGCAUCUGCUUGCUGCUGCCAUAUUAGAAAUGGAUGCCGCCACAUCUGGGAGGAAUGGGCAGGAUGGGGAGAAUUCCUGAGGCAGCCCCAGAAAGCACCGCAGAAGGGGCUUUCCUGAAAAGGAGCCCAGCCUUACUCAGUGGUGCAGAAGCUCACUUCCCCAUUCUUGCCUCUCGGAGGUGCUGCAGAGCUGCUCUACAACCACUUCAUUCGCGGUGGGCAUUGAGAACGGACUUCAGACCUCAUAUGGCCAAAAUUCAGACCACACCAAAGGGUAGCAUUUUGUUUGUUUGGAUGCUGUAUUACUUUUGUGUGUCCUUUUUUUAAAAAAUGGAAAAAACAAAAACAUAAUAUUCUCUCCUUGGGGGAGUGGAGAAAGAACAAUGAUCUCUGCUGAUUUCAGUUAAGCAUUUCCCUCCUGGGUCAAGUUCAGUGAAAUAGGUAAUGGGAGGCCUUCCUUCCAUAUCUCUCUCUUUCUAGUCACUGCGGAUGGGAUGAUAGGAGAUGGUGCCUUGCCUGAAAUUGAAUGAUCUGAUGUGUCUGCUUUAUUAUGUUCUGUAAAACAGCAGUAUUGCAACAGAGCCUUUAGAGGAGAGGAGAACUGUUCUGCUGAUGAUUCUCACUUUGAGGUUUUGCUGUUAUUUUUUCCCCAAGUGAACUGUUUUGGAUUCUGUCAGAGGAGGUUCCUCUGUGAGGGAAGACAUAAUUUGUACAGUUCCUGGGAAAUGGGAUGUAUUGGAAAUGGGAAUAAGGAAGGACUAGAAUUUAUGGGAUAUUGAUUGGUCCAGGAAAAGCAGCCAGCCUCAAUUUCCCCUUCACCAUGGUGAGUUACUUACAGAAGCUAGGGAGCUCAGUCCUUGGAAGAAAUUGAGUCUUUUUGCCUCCAAAUCCCUUCUAGAAUCUUGAAGGCCUUUUUGCCAAGGAGGCAGGAGGCUGGACCAUUUUAGACCCCAGAGUGGCCUUUACUUUCUUUCUUUUUCGCAACAGGAUGUGACCUGGAACUCUCACUACCUUCCCGUUUUUUUAAAAGGUCUCUCCUCGGGCCUAAAAUGACACAGAGGUUAUUUUUUUUGGGGGGGGGGGGAUCCUUUUUGACUUCUGGUUGGGCCUGGGUGCUACAUGUGACUCAUGGGCCGUACUUUACUUGCCCCUGUCCCUGACUGUAUGUGUUGAAAAGAUCUCUUAUACAUGAAGUUUUCAGCUUUUGGUCCUCCAGAUGUUUAGGACUUCUUCCAGUUCUCUGACUGUUCUCUGGGACAUUUGGAAGUUGGAAAACCAAUCCAGUUGGAGGGCCAGAGGUUGAGAACAGAUGUCCUAGGCCUUAGGAAAUUGGCAGAAGAGCACAUGUGGAUGGUGCAUUGGAUUUUUUGGCACAUUCAUCUGGCUCUAUCCCUUGAUUUUGAAAACUGUCUGAUUUAAAAACUGCCUGAUUUUGAAUUGGAGGUUGGAAACGGUGACAUCUGAGGAAAAGGCAAGUAUGGGGUGCCAUCAGUUUUGACAUGUCUCUUGGCUCAGACUGAUCAUUGGAGAUAAAGGAACACCUUUGAAAGGAGCACCUUCCACUCCUUCUAGUGGAAGUGCUAGUGAAUUUUGCAGGGAGGGAAGAAGGGACCAUAUUUUUUUCCCUUCUGCUUUCCUUUUUUGCCCUCUUGGUCACUGGCAAAGGGCCAAAGCUACUGGAGUGGAAAGGGGAGAGAGCAAUAUUGGUGACACAUUAUUUUUUUUCCUCUCCAAAGUGCUCUGUAUUUGCCUGUAUCUCUGCCCUUUCUUCCUCUCAUUAAGGCAGGAGUCAGGAUCACUCACCUGUACAUCUCUGAAGAUUUCAUCCACCUGCCCACCUAUUCCCACUCCCAGUGGAUGGAGAGUAUUCUAAAGAACUAACCUUAAUGUCCUGAACAGUCUAACUUGAGGAUUCCCUCCCCCCCAUCCUUGUCUCUGCCCUAUCCCUUGCUUGUAUGUCAUAGCUGUCUGUAACAGGUGUGGAACCACUUGUUGCCUGAAUUGUUUCUUUCCAAAGCAUGUCAUCUGUUUUUGUGUUUUUCCCACAUUCACAGGGCUACUGCUUCCCUUUCCGUUCCGGAAAAUGAACUAGGCUAAGGGAACAGAAGGAGCCCAGCUGAGAUCUCAGUGGCAGGACUAAGGGUUUGUGUCAGGGAGAGUCCACCAGCAGCUACAGUCCCCUCUCCUCUCUAUCCCCGUCACUCCCCCCCCCCCCUUCCCCUUCCCCACAUGGAAGACGGUUUUUAAAUUUGAACUGAAAAUAAUGCUGGGUGCAAAAUGGGAGCUAUAGAAUUGUGUUCGAUGGAGAGAUGAUGUUUUUAUGUCCAGAGUACAAUUGGUGAAAAAAAAAAGUUUAGAGAUGCAAAAACUUAUUUUCCACAAUAAAAUAAACUGGUCCUUUUCA